UAAAUAAAUAAAUAAAUAAAUAAAAGUUCAAAUAAAUUAAAGAAAUACUUACGAGUUUUCGAAUACUUCCAAAGAGAAUUUAAACAUGUACAGUGUGUGCAUAGAUUCAUUGAACGGAAUACUUUAUAUAAAAACUUGUAGUAAGUGAACGAUGCCUGCCCGCGGUCUCUUGUGCAAAUUUUUUGAAAACGAAUUUUAAUAACUUGCAUGUGCAAGUUUCUCAAAAGUUUCAAAAGAAUUAAUUUCCGUUUUUUUUUGAUAAAUUCAACGGUUAACCUAAAAAUAAAGUGAACUGAAAUAAAAAUUUAAAAAAAAAAAAAAAACUUUGUUAUUCUAGUUAUUUAUGCAUGCAGUUGGCAAGAAAAAAGCCACAAGCCACAAGUGGAGGGGGGGACUUAAUUCAGUCACAGCCUGAUUCGAUCAACUGAUCUCGUUGAAAACAUCACAAAGACAAAAUGAAAGCUUUCUAUGGAAUACAACUCUUGCUUAUGCGAUUGCUUAAAUAGUAAGAAAUUUUAAUAUAAACGAUUAAAAAAAUUCAAAGCAAAAAAGAAAAGAGAGAAAAAGAAAAAGAAAAUUAGCAAACUUAAUGACACAUUUAUAAAUUCUUUAAAUUUUAUAAAGGGAAUCUGCAAGCAAAUCCUACGCAUAUACAUGACAAAAUAGGCGACUCGACGUUUCUUGUUUUUUUUUUUUUUUUUGUUUCAUUUUUUUGCAGGAAUUAUGUGGAUUUUUCACUAAUUAAUUAAAACUAGAGAGAAAAUAUGAACAGAAAAACGAACAAGUUUUUAUGAGAAACGAAAGGAAGUGGAAAACAGAAUGUUUAUAGUCAAUUGAAAGAAAAAAUGUUAGUUUAAAAUUUUUCUAUGAAAUGACACAAAAGUGGUAGUGGGCGAGGAAAAAAAGAAAGGCGAGAGAGUAAAGUUUAAUAUAAAUUUUUGUUGUUGAAAUAUUAUGCAAAUAAACGGCACUAAUACGGGUCCGACAAUGGCUGCUUCAGAGCCGCCUGAACCACCACCGCGUAAUCCAGAACGCAUUAAUGCUUCAUUGCACAAACUUAAUGAAUCUAAAACAUUUAAAUCGUUGGAUGACAAAAGUGUUAACAAUAAUAAGCCAUUGAAACCAUUACUGUCAUUGGAUACUGCCAACACCCCUUUAGCUGUAGCAGCCACAACUAUAACAUCAGCAUCGGCGACAACUUCAUUGGUGUCAACGAAACCAACCGCUCUCGGUUUGCAGUCACCAUCUGCUAGUGUUUUAUUAUUUGGCAAACAAAAUCAAAAACAACAACAAACGAAUAGUGAUUUAACCCCUAGCGGGGAUAGCAAUUCAACGCUUAGUUCGAAUGGCAGCAAUCAUACUCUUACGUCACCAAUGACAAUUGAUAAUCAACGUUUAAAUUUUCAACACGCCGUCGCUACGACAAUUGAAACAACCACAGGCCAACUAAUACAACAGCAACAACUAAUGACUCAACAGCAGCAACAAAAUGGUAAUGGAGGUUGUAGUGGCGGUUCAAGCAAUGUUGGACAACGCAGCAUAGGAACCUUAUUAAUCGAUCAACAGCAAUCAAGUCAUUUAAUGAACGGUAGCAGCGGUAACGGUGUCGUUGGUGGCGGUGGCGGUGGUGGUGGUGGUAGUGUUGGUGGUGGUGUUGGCGGCAGUAUUAGCAAUGGCAGUUUAAGCAUCGGCAGCAGUGUUAAUGGCUCAUCAGCUAAUAGCAAUCAUAGCAGCAGCCUAAGUGGCUCGAAUACAUUAAAUUCAAACAGCCUAAACGCCACGAAUCAUAUCAAUAGCACACCAAUCGCUUUAGUUGAUAAGAAAAAUGCCAACGAUAUUGCAUGCUCCUCUUUUGGUCAUGUAAUGGAUACACGCUAUUCGACCGAUACGUAUAACAUCACCACACCCACGGAUGGAUUAUUCGCGUCAUCGCUAGCAACGACAAUCAGCAAUACUUAUGCAUACACUGCCGCCAUGUUGAACAAUAGCAACAUCAAUAAUUGCGAUGGAAAUCGUAAUCGUAACGAUACAACAAAGUACAAUUAUCAUGCAGACUCUCCCACCAAAUUGCGCGAAGAAAAUGAACGACUUAAUGCUGAGAUACAACGCUUAAGGAAAUUACUUGAAAAUUCGCCUGAAGGUGCUGUAGGUGGCAUUGAUCUCUCUGAUACAAAUAGCUGCGGCGAUGGCCAAUCCACCGACGGUAGCGGUGGUAAUGUUCAACAGCGUAUCGAUCGCUUAGAACAAGAAUUGCGUUCAGUUCGCAAUCAGUUAAUGUCUCUGAGAUUAGAUCGCAAGAAAUUGAAAGCGGAAAAAUCGGAAUUACUAAGUCAAGUAAAGCAAUUGUGUGCUUCUUUGCACGAAAAAGAACAAGAAUUGCGAGAUUUCAUACGAAACUAUCAGGAUCGGGUUAGAGAGACGGAAACAAAUAAUGCCAAGUUGUCGGGGGAUCGUGAGCGAGAGCGAUGGCAACUACUGAAACAGGCACGCGACGAGGCUGAAAGAUCGUUAGCGUUGGCUCAACAGCUUAGUGCUAGGGAUAUACAGUUGCAAAGAUUGCAGGAGCAAUUGCAAGAAGCAAGACGACAGAUGUCCGGAUGCCUUUCUGAUCAAGAAAGUCUAUUAUCAUUUGCCCCUCUAACCCCGCCCUCAGCUAAUUCGGGUUUACUAAAUCAAUUGCCAAACACUGCUACCAAUAAUUUUCGUAACGAUGAUAGUGGGCGUGGCAAUUCAAAUUCGCUGUCAGCAUUUAGCAGCAGUUCGGGAAACACAACAGGCGAUCGAAAUUCCUGUUCAAAUGAUUCCGUACUUAGGAAUAAUAGUGAUCGGGAGAGUACGGGCGGUGAUUUGAAUUUUAGCGAUGGCACUUGCGAUAAUGGUCCCUGCAUAACUGUAGAUCCGGAUAGUAUAUCUUUAGUAUCUAGUCAGAACGCGUAUCAGUACGGAACCCCUAAGGAACGGAGUCCUACUUUAUCGCCCCUAAACUCAGCAGCAUAUUCUAGAUCCGUAGAACAACUAGGUUCGCCUGUCGAUUCCGAUGCAACAGGUGCUGUGGUUCGAAAAUUUCCCGCUAAAUCGGGAACAAAUUUUACUGCUCGCAACGCGCGUGGCGGCACUUGGGGUAGUAUCUCCCGUGUAUUUGCCAGAUCGCGCAAUAAAAACAAGGCCCUCUCAGCAGAUGGGGCAACUGAAUUUACCGACUUUUCCUGGAGCCCCCUCUCCGAAGAGGGUUAUGCUGAGAAACUUCGGUUAUUGCGUGAGGCUUCUUCACUACCGAUGGAACGUUGGCGAGCAUCACAGGUUCUAGCUUGGCUUGAAGUCGCCCUAGGCAUGCCCCAAUAUAGUACACGUUGUGCUGAGAAUGUGAAAAGUGGCAAAGUACUUCUGGAGCUUAACGAUGUCGAGCUAGAAAAUGGUCUAGGUUUAACUCAUCCUAUGCAUCGUAAAAAGUUACGUUUAGCUAUCGAAGAGCAGAGACGACCCGAAUUGGUACGUUAUCCCAUGAUAACGCAAUUAGGUCAUACUUGGGUAGCAUCAGAAUGGUUACCCGAUAUUGGUUUACCCCAAUACGCCGAAUCAUUCAUGCACUCUAUGGUAGACGCUCGGAUGCUAGAUACGCUAUCGAAAAAGGAAUUGGAGAAAUUUUUGGGUGUAACUCGUAAAUUUCAUCAAGCGAGCAUCGUUCAUGGUAUUCACGUCUUACGAAUUGUCAAAUAUGAUCGUCAAACUUUGGCUAUGAGACGGGUGCAGUCAGAAUCAGUAGAUACUGAUCCGAUAGUUUGGACCAAUCAACGCUUUAUACGUUGGGCGCGUUCUAUAGAUUUGAGUGAAUAUGCCGACAAUUUGAAAGAUAGCGGUGUGCAUGGCGGUUUAGUGGUAUUGGAACCAUCAUUCUCCGGCGAUACCAUGGCAACAGCUUUGGGAAUACCGCCAUCAAAGAAUAUUAUACGUCGCCAUUUAUCAACAGAAUUCGAUGCAUUAAUUUUACCCGCUCGUUAUCGGCAUGGAAAGGAUCACAGAGUUCUCUCUCUAAAGCCUUCCGUUUCAAUGCAAAGUCAUCCCGCAGCGGCAGCUCAGUUGGCGAUCGCACCCCCCUUGGGAACUCCACCUCCCCAACACCAUCGUUUAGUAGCUCAGAAGGGGGCGGAGGAAUUUACGCCACUGUAGGUCCUCAAUUCGUUCAUUAUCCACCGCCUACAACGGCUCCUCCGCCACCACCGACACCUUCAAUCUCAUCUUCAACAUCACCCUCACCAUAUUCUAUCAAU